AUGCCUGUAUCCGAGCCCACCGACGACCGCGCCCGGGCGCGCCGGCAUCGCCUGUCCGUCCUCGCCCAGGGCGACGCUGCGCUGCUGGCCGAAUGCUGGAACGGCCUUGGCAUCGAUCCCGAAUGCGAACUGGUGCGCGGGCCUGAAAUCGGACUGGUGGCGCUGCGCGGCCGCAUGGGCGGCGGUGGCGCGGCGUUCAAUCUGGGCGAGGCGACGGCAACCCGCGCCACGGUCCGUCUUUCCGACGGCGCGACGGGUCAUGCCAUGGCGCUCGGCCGCGACAAGGCCAAGGCCAAGCUUGCCGCCGUCAUCGAUGCGCUGGCCCAAGACGACAUCAUGGCCGCCCGGCUCGACGAGGCCGUCAUAGCGCCACUCGAAGCGGCGAUCGCAGCGCGCGAUGCCGCUCGCGCCGCCGAAACCGCGGCGACCAAGGUGGACUUUUUCACCAUGGUGCGGGGCGACGACUGA